UUCUUCUAGGAGACCGCUGCGGCUAGUAGUUGAGCUUUUUCUGGGUGAAUCAAUAAUCAUUUUUGUUAAGAUAAUGAUCCCAAAUUAUAAUUGUAAAUUAAAAAAAUAUAAAAGGAAACCCAAAACAUCACUAUAAAUAGAUCCUAGUUAUUGCUCCUCUGACGGAACACAGAACUCUGAAACUUGAACCAGCUGAAUUGAAUACUCAUCUACAGAGAAGGAGAAGAAGAAGAAAAUGGCAAGAGUGAUCAAAGUAUCACAAGAUGGGAGUGGAGAUUACAAAACAGUACAAGAAGCAGUAGAUUGUAUUCCUCUUAGGAAUGCAGCUAGAAUCAUCAUCCAGAUAUCACCUGGUAUUUACAAACAACCUAUUUACAUUCCAAAAACCAAAAAUUUCAUUACUUUUUCUUCAUCCCACCCUGAAGAUACAAUUCUUACUUGCGAUAACACUGCUACCAAAAUUAACCAUCAUCAGGGUUCAAGGUUGAUUGGGACUGGAACGUUUGGGUGUGGUAGUGUAAUUGUUGAAGGUGAAGAUUUCAUUGCUGAGAAUGUUACCUUUGAGAAUAAUGCUCCUCAGGGUUCAGGACAAGCUGUAGCUCUUAGAGUAACUGCUGAACGGUGUGCUUUCUACAAUUGUAGAUUUCUCGGAUGGCAGGAUACCUUGUAUUUACAUUAUGGAAAACACUAUUUGAAAGAUUGCUACAUUGAAGGAAGUGUAGACUUCAUAUUUGGCAAUAGCACUGCUCUUUUAGAACAUUGCCAUAUUCACUGCAAGGCACAAGGAUACAUUACAGCGCAGGGUAGGAAAUCUGCUGACGAACCCACAGGUUACGUGUUCCUCAGAUGUACAAUUACGGGCAAUGGAGGAAAUUCGUAUGCAUAUCUUGGGCGACCAUGGGGACCUUUUGGAAGGGUGGUCUUUGCGUACACAUAUAUUGAUGAUUGUAUCAAACAUGAAGGCUGGCAUAACUGGGGCAAAUGUGAAAACGAAAGAAGCGCUUGUUUCUACGAGUACAGGUGUUUCGGACCUGGUUGUUGCCCCUCUAAGCGGGUUAAUUGGGCUCGUGAAUUGAUGAAAGAAGAGGCGCAACAGUUCCUGAUGCAUCAAUUUGUUGAUCCUAGUUGGGAAAAGCCAUGGAUGGCCCAAAGGAUGGGACUGAAGAUACCCUAUUCUGCAUGAUCACACUUCUUACCAGGAGCUGCCAAGAAGAUGUCUAUCUCGACAAUGUCGAUGGAGUUUUUCAAUAAUGUCAAAUAUCAAUAAAGUCAUAAACUAGUGAAAUAAGAAAGACUUAGCUGGUUGUAUAAAGCUAAUGUCCCAACUGCUUGCAACUCCUACUUUCAUGUACUACGCGUUCCCAUUAUUGUACCGCUAGAUAAAUCAUUUGUAUUCAGU